AUGGCCGCCGCCCAUGCUGCAGAUUCGGAAGGAAACCUCCUUCGUCCGCGACCUCUGAGGGUAUUACCUGAGGCAUUACGCGCUGCCGGUAAUCAUGGACUCAACGGUUUCUCCGAGGCGCCCUCUGGGAUAUCGAGUGGACGGUCGACACCCAUUCCUCAGGAUGCACCGCCGUCUGUACAGUCCCUCUCGUCCGCUCGAAAACAGGCCCGCGCCCAGGCGAAGCACCGACUCUACCACACGAUCGUGUACAAGAACCGAGUGUCUCACUUCGACCCCCGCAGCGACUACCGGGACUUUCGAGGCUUCUUUGUCCUGUUCUGGAUCAGUCUGACCAUCAUGGUCUUGACGACAGGACUUCGGAACAUCAAAGAGACAGGCUAUCCGCUGCGAGUACAAGUGUACGAGCUCCUGUCGAGAAAUGUAGUGUCGAUGGCCUUGAGCGACGCCGUCAUGGUGUCGAGUACCGCCUUGAGUUUAGUCAUCCAGAAAUGGAUUCGAGGCCAGACUGGGAUCCUGCGAUGGAAACGGGCGGGCAUCUGGAUCCAGAGCAUAUAUCAAGCGCUAUGGCUCACGCUUUGGGUGGAGUGGCCGUUUCUUCUCGGCUGGACGUGGACGGCGCAGGUCUUCUUCGCCCUGCACACCCUUACUAUUCUGAUGAAAAUGCAUUCUUACGCCUUUUACAACGGUCAUCUCAGCGAGACCGAACGACGUCUGCAUGAGCUUGACAAACCAGAAACCGCCGACCGAGCAAAAGCUGUCAUCUACCCCAGUUCGCCAACACGUCUGCAAGAACUCGAUCCCGACAGUCUCAGCGAAACAAGCGCUGAAUCUCUGGAAGAACUCUCCCAGCUGCGGCAAGACUUGGCGACCGAGCUGACCUCUCCUCUCGGCCGAGUCACCUAUCCGCAGAAUCUGACCCUGGCCAACUACGUCGACUACAUCCUCUGUCCGACGUUGUGCUACGAGCUGGAGUAUCCGAGGACACCACACAUUCGCUGGCUCGAACUGUCGCAGAAGACGCUAGCCGUCUUCGGGUGCAUCUUCCUCAUGAUCACUGUGAGCGAGGAGUUUAUCACUCCUGUGCUCGCAGACUCGGCGAUCCAUCUCCGUAACAGCGCCUCAUUCGCCGACAGCGCGCUCGUGCUAGCGGAGACGACCAGUAUGCUACUGUUCCCCUUCAUGAUAACCUUCCUGCUCGUCUUUCUCGUUAUCUGGGAGUAUAUUCUCGGCGCGUUUGCCGAAAUUACCUGCUUCGCCGACCGACACUUCUACUCGGACUGGUGGAACAGCAGCGAUUGGCUUGAGUUCUCACGCGAGUGGAAUAUCCCCGUCUACCACUUUCUCCGACGACAUGUCUUUUUCUCUUCCAAGUCGUACGUCUCGACUCCGAUCGCCAUGACCAUCACUUUCCUGAUCAGCGCACUCGGGCACGAACUCAUCAUGGGUUGUAUCACCAAGAAAUUGCGAGGCUACGGGUUUGUGGCCAUGAUGUUGCAACUUCCCAUUGUUGCCGUUCAACGCAGUCCCCUGAUUCGCGGUCGGUGGGUUUUCAACAAUGCGGCGUUUUGGUUUAGCAUGAUCCUGGGUCUUAGCGGCAUGUGUAGCUUGUAUGUCCUCGUUUGA